AUGCGAACGCUUCAGAUAUUCAACAUUGAGAUGAAGUCUAAGAUGAAGGCCCACACCAUCAACGAAGACGUCGUCUUCUGGAAGUGGAUUAACGUCAAUGCCAUAGCAUUGGUGACGGAGACGGCUGUGUUUCACUGGUCUAUGGAAGGGGACUCUUUGCCCGCGAAGAUGUUCGACAGACACACGUCGCUCAACGGCUGUCAAAUCAUAAAUUACAGGUGCGAUCAUUCGCUGAAGUGGUUGCUGUUGAUUGGGAUCUCCGCUCAGCAAAACCGAGUGGUGGGUGCGAUGCAGUUGUAUAGUGUGGAGCGGAAGGUCAGUAAACCCAUCGACGGCCUCGCGGCGGCGUUCACUCAAUUCAAAUGCGAAGGAAAUCGCGAAAUAUCGACCCUUUUAUGUUAUGCCGUCCGAACACAGGCCGGUGGAAAGUUGCAUGUCAUCGAAGUGGGAACGCCUGCGACCGGGAAUCAGCCGUACUCUAAGAAAGCGGUGGAUGUGUUCUUCCCGCCCGAAGCACAGAACGACUUUCCGGUAGCGAUGCAGAUGUCGCCCAAGUAUGACAUCGUUUACCUGAUCACGAAAUACGGUUAUAUCCAUCUCUACGACGUGGAGACCGGCACC